UUAAGUGAAAAAAAUGCGUUAAACUUGUGAAAUGAUGAUAUCUUUGACGAACACUUCUCUGCCUUUAGCUCUCCUUCAUGUAAUUCGCACCUCCUAACUGAAGUACUCCAUUUUAUAUUUGAUAACUGAAAUUCGUAUGUGACAGAAACAAGCAAAAUGUGCGUCUGCAAUUUACGUUGCUGUUUCUUCUCCAGCUUGAUAUUCUUCUCAUUCGUUUACUACUUUAACGAUGUGGCAGUCGACAUGUUAAUCUUCGAGGAACAUCACCUGGUGGAAAGCUACUUUGUAAAUACCAAUGGCUGUCGGAUGCUGACCAUGGUGCCCAAUGAACACGACGUGAUGUUCCUGUGGCGCGGUCUGCGUAGGGACUUUUGUGCCAGCAACCUGGACUUGACGUCCUUCAGCAAUUGUGAUGACAACUAUCUGAGGACGGAGGUGGACAUCGAAUUCGUCUAUCCGAGGUAUGAAAUCACAAGUUUGGAGAGCUUUGAGUGCCAGUAUCAUGCCAUGGAGCGGCUCACCGAUUUCGACAAUCGUUAUUUGUACAGCCGGCAAUUCCCGCUUCUGACGGAUGGUAAUAACACGAUUGAACCCCAUGCGGAUAUUAUAAGAGCUGAGUGCUUUCUCAACGGCACGAGUGUAUACAACGGAGUUCACUUCUAUGCCCAUCCGCCCGACGAAUGGCUUCGCAACACCAAGGGUCUCCCGCCCCUCAAGUCGGCAUCCGAUGCCGGCAGCUUGUCCGUGUUGAUCCUGGGCCUGGACUCCAUAUCGCAGAUGCAUUUCCCCCGAAGCAUGGCUCGCACAGCCAACUUUCUGCUCUCCCUGCCGCACGUCGAACUCAAGGGCUUCAAUCGGAUGGGAAACAACACCCUCGACAGUCUGAUGCCGCUGUUGAGUGGGCUUAGUGGUACCGAGAUGGAGGACCUUUCUUUGAACCUCAAGAGUCUGGACAGCUGCCCCUUUAUCUGGAAGGUUUUCCAGCAAGCCGGCUAUGAAACCGCUCUGGGUGAGGACAACAUAGACAAGAGCAUGUUCGCGAAGGGAUUCGAGGAUCCGCCCACGGACUUUUAUCUCAGGCCGGCGCUGCUCGAGAUGUGGCUAAAGACGAGGACUGACCAAUUACAUGGCACCCACUGUAACGAGAAGGAUAGCUAUGCAAUGGUGCUGAGGGAGUUCCUCUACAAGAUUCUGCCCCAUCACAGCACGCAUAGGUUUUUCACGUUCCUUUGGUGGACGCAGGGCAUCGAUCACCUGUUUAACUACGGCCGGAGAUUAGAUCAACCGUUUCUGAAUAUGUUGAAAAGGAUAUCCGACAGUGGCCUGCUGAAGAACACACUACUAUUGGUGGUUUCCAAUCACGGUUUGAGUAAGAGCCGAUUCUACAACACUGUACAAGGCAAAGUGGAGGAGGGUCUGCCCCUGGCCAUGCUCUGCUAUCCCAGGUGGCUGGAAGAACGAUAUCCCCAGGCCAUCGGCAACUUGAAGACCAACAACCACCGACUGGUCACCGCCUUCGAUCUUCAUGCCACUCUCCUGGACUUGCCCAAUCUGACGUCGCUGGAGGAUGAGCAGCUGCAGCAGCGAAGUGCGGACUUGGAGGCCCUGGGGAGGAAUCUUCCACGAGGAAUAAGUCUCUUCAUGCCCAUACCAGACCACAGAGACUGCUCCUUGGCCAGCAUACCCACGGAGUAUUGCCUGUGUCAGCAGCAUAGAAAUGCGUCCACCGCGGAUACAUAUGUUCUGCGGGCCGCCCGUCUUAUCAUCCGGAACAUCAAUAAGAUCCUCCACACCCUUACUCCGCCGUGCAGUAGCCUGUCCCUCGAUCGGGUACUAACCGCCGACAAGUGGCGACGCAUGGCAGACGAGCACCAGUCGGAGUUCCGGGUCAGGCUGCUGGCCACUCCUGGUGGGGGUCAGUUCGAAGGAGUCGUGAGGUAUACUGGCCGCAAGCUGGCCAUAGAUGGACCCAUAAGGCGUGUUAAUGAUUAUGGAAACGACUCGUUUUGCAUUCAGAACUACCUGAUUGAGAUGUAUUGCUUUUGUCCCUAA